AUGAAACAUUUUACGAACGACAGCGAAGAAUUUUUAUCCGGCGCCGCUCUCAUCAAACCCCGUUUCCCUCCCAUGAUAUCUUUAUCAGAUCUCGUAUCUAACAGGAGGAAUGGGGAUGUGCCUUCGCGUUCUCCGAACGCUUUCAUGAUAUACAGAAAAGCUUUCGUAUCCGAACUUCACAGCAAAGGUUAUUAUUUGUCCAUGACUACGGCUUCAUCUUUGGCCUCGGCUUCUUGGAAGAAAGAGCCAGAGGCGGUCAAAGAAGAGUAUAGGCGUCUAGCAAAUGAAGCAAAGAGCUGCCAUUUACGGCUCUUCUCAAACAAAAUACCGCGAAAGAAACGCCAGCAACCCAAAGUUCGCACCGGAACUUGGAUGCAUAUAACCCCGAAUUUUAACACCGAUUCACCCGUUGAUUCCCCGGUAACAGAUACGUCGUUUAUCGAAACGGGGAUUCCAAGUCAACAACACACACCUUUGAACUAUUCUCCCACUAAUGAUGGUGCCACGUAUUUCUACGCUCCUGAAACGACUCAUUUUUUUCCACACGAAUUCACUGAACAACAUUCAGAAUAUAUGGGGACACCAAGUUUCAUUACUUCAGGCUUGGGCACGGAUCCCAGCUUUUGUCAAUACAACUUUCUAGAGAAUAGCUCAAAUCCAUAUUUACUUCAUGAAACGAUAAUGCCAGAAAUACAAUAUCCGUU